AUUUUGAAUGCAACGUAUUGUAUGGCAGCCGCGGAGGUUCAGUCCAAGCUGAGAUGAGAAGCAACAUAGCUGGCCUCAGUUUGAUUCUAUGAAUGUUGACAUUACCUUUUUCGUAUUUUAAUGUCUUGACAGUACUUUGAAAGACCCGGGUGCUACAAAUACAUGUUUUUUGUGAAGCAAUGGGGGGAAAGAAGAAAAAAUCGGCAGCUCCGGUCGCUCCGGCGGCAGCAGCGACUGGACAGAACAGAAAUGGUGCAGCUACAGCGGCGAGCAUCGUGGCAGAAGAGCCCAAGAAACAACCAGGCAACAAUAAGCCGGCUGUCAAAGAGAACAAAUCCAAAGCACCUAAGACCUACAGUCUUGCAAACACAGCCCAGGUGGACACAGGUGGAGCAUCGGACAAGUCCAUUCUAAAAGUUUCUAUCCAAGCUGAUCUGGAGAAGAAGGUCAUCAAGAUGGUCAAUGAUUUCAGACAAGAGAGAGGGGACAAAGGGCCUGUAUCACGCAGGCUAACAAACAAGAAACUUUUGGACUUGUACACAGCUCUCCAGAAAUUUAAUUUCAAGAGAGAGCACAUAGAAGAGGCAAUGAAAAGCAGUGUGCUCUAUGGAGGUGAUCUCCACUCUGCCCUGGACUGGCUCUGCCUCAACCUUAAAGACGAGGAGCUCCCAGAAGGUUUUUGCCAGCAGAUGCAGGAGGAAAGCCAGAAGAGGAGGCCCAGAUUCCAGGCCCCUGCUGCUCAGCAGAAACCUGCUGCUCCCAGUCCCACACCACAGAAUAAUAACAACAGCAGCAGCAGCAGCAGAGAGCCCAGCCAGGCCACAGAGAAGAACGAAGCUCAAAGUAUGAAGGACUGGAUCUUGAGAUACGCCGAACAGAGCAGUAGUGAAGAGGAGGAGGAGGAAGAUGGAAAAAAGACUCUGCACAAUCCCGAAUUAGAGGAAAAGUUUGACCCUAAUGACCGGUAUCUGAUCCUGACUGCUCAACUGUAUGACACCAAAGAAAUGGCAGCAGCUGCCAAGAGCAAAAAUGACAAACUAGGCCAGAGGACGGCACAGGACAGGAUACGUGUCAUACAACAAGAAAUGAAGCAGCUGGAGGCCCAUCCCGUGUUUAAUCCAUCAAUCAAAGUGGUUGAUGCUCCGCACAAGGAAAAGAAAAAAGUUCCUGUCAGUGAAGAUAAAGCGGAAGUCGGCUUUAGUCUGUUUGAGCAAGCUGCAAAAGAGGCACCUGCCGAAAAAGUUGUAAAGAAGAACGAACCAAAGGACAUCCGUAACUUUGACUACACCGCCCGCAGCUGGACUGGAAAGUCUCCAAAACAGUUCCUCAUUGACUGGGUCCGCAAGAACUUGCCAAAGAGUCCACCACCAUCUUUUAAUAAAGUUGCUGCUGGAAGAUACUGGAGAUGCAAGGUGCGUGUACAGAGGACAGAUGAUGUUCUUGAGGUUUGUCCCAAGAUCCUGACAGAGGACAGCAUGCAGGCGCAGCACCUUGGAGCCACACUGGCACUUUACAACAUGGUUAAAGGGCAGUCUGUGCACCAACUCCUUCCUCCAACCUACAGAGAUGUGUGGCUGGAGUGGAGAGACAGCGAGCAGCAACAACAGGAGGAGAGUCGCACUGCUGCUAACAAACCUCGAGAUCAGUUCAUCUCUCGGCUCCUCACCAGACUCAAGCAGCAGCAGAACCAGCACCAAGGGCAGGACUCGGACUCUCCAGACCUGCCUGGGGCGGCCUGUGAUGGAGAUGAGGAGCCUGAAGAGUCCUGGGAGAACCUGGCUGGUCUUGACAUCAAGGAGGAAGGAGAACUGGAGAACAACAGUGACAGAAAAGAAGGAAGGAGGAGAGAAGAGGACAGAGCUCUGCAGGCAUCCAGGGAGCUCUUACUGAAUCUCAGGAAGUCUCCGCUGGCUCAGAAACUGCAGGCAGAUCGAGAGCAGCUUCCUGUCUUCCAACAUCGACAUCGUGUCCUGGAGGCUCUGCAGCGCUACCCUGUGGUGGUAGUGGCAGGUGAGACUGGCAGUGGAAAGAGUACACAGAUUCCCCAGUUCCUGUUGAAGCAGCUAUUGACUGGAGGCAAAGCAGCACAACCGUGUAACAUCGUAGUGACACAGCCGCGCAGGAUAUCUGCCAUGAGCCUGGCCUCCAGGGUCACACAGGAGCUGGGCUGUGAGGAUGGACCGGGGUCAAAGUCAUCGCUGUGUGGAUACCAAAUCCGGAUGGAGAAUCUGUCCGGAGAAUGGACUCGCCUGCUCUACUGUACCACAGGAGUUCUGCUGAGGAAACUGCAGCAGGACAGACACCUGAAAUCACUGACUCACAUUAUUGUGGACGAGGUCCAUGAGCGCAGUGUGCAUUUCCUGCUGCCCAUCCUGAAGGACAUGGUUAUGAGGCGGUCGGACCUACGGCUGGUACUAAUGAGUGCCACGGUCGACUGUGAUAAGUUCUCCAACUACUUCAACCGCUGCCCGGUGAUCACUAUCCCUGGCAGGACGUUCCCGGUAGAGGUGUUUCACCUAGAGGACAUAGUGGAGCAGACAGGCUACGUCCUGGAGAAGGACUCAGAGUAUAGCCAGAAGAUUUUAGAAGAAGAGGAAGAAGUCAGCGUCUCCAUCACACAAAAGGGUGGCAAAACAUUACAACACCAGGAGGUGAUAGUGAGAGACCCCUCCUCCGGCUGGGACCUGGGUCCUGACCUCGACCACUUCAGUAGCAGAACCAGACAGGUGCUACAGUACAUGAACCCCAAUAAGAUCAACAUGGACUUGUUGGUUGAUCUCUUGGACUACCUCGACAAGUCGCCACAGUUUGCAGCUUUGGAUGGAGCUGUCCUGGUGUUCCUUCCAGGUCUGGCUCAUAUCCAGCAGCUGCAUGACCUGCUGGUGUCAGACAAGAGGUUCAGGGACAAAAACAGGUACAAGAUUGUAGCGCUCCACUCAACACUUUCAUCCAAGGAUCAGGCAGCUGCCUUUACAGUGCCUCCUCCUGGCGUAAGAAAGAUCGUGCUGUCAACUAAUAUCGCUGAGACCGGUGUGACUAUUCCUGAUGUUGUGUUUGUCAUCGACACUGGAAAGACCAAAGAAAACAAGUACCAUGAGAGCAGCCAAAUGAGUUCCCUGGUGGAAACUUUUGUAUCAAAGGCCAGCGCCCUCCAGAGGCAAGGCAGAGCAGGGCGCGUCCGCAACGGCUUCUGCUUCAGACUUUACCCAAAAUACAGGUUUGCUGCCUUCAUGGAUUACUCUAUACCAGAGAUACUACGGGUUCCUCUGGAAGAGCUCUGCCUUCAUAUUAUGAAAUGUCAGUAUGGUUCUCCGGAGGACUUCCUGAGCCGGGCCCUUGAUCCUCCUCUGUCUCAGUCGGUCAGUAAUGCCGUCAACCUGCUGAGAAAGAUCGGUGCCUGUGAACUGUCCAGUCAUCUCCUCACCCCUCUGGGUCACCACCUGGCCAGUCUCCCUGUCAACGUGAAGAUCGGCAAAAUGCUGAUUUAUGGAGCCAUCCUCGGCUGCCUGGAGCCUAUCGCCACGAUUGCAGCAGCCAUCACUGAGAAGUCUCCCUUCUACACACCGAUGAAUCGGAAAGAUGAAGCCAACCUGGCCAAAUCUGGACUGGCAUUGGCCAACUCUGACCACCUGACCAUUUAUAAUGCCUAUUUGGGGUGGAAGAACUCACGGACCUGGACUUAUCUUACCACUGAUACUUGGCCUUUACUCCUGAUCUCAAUGCCUUGCAUUCGUCUCAUCCAGGAUGUGAAGCAUGAGCUGAUGAAGAUGAUGGAGCAGACAGGUUUCUGUUCGUCUCGCUCCUCCUUUCGCUCCAAGCUGCAGACCACGGCAUUGUCCAAGCAGCAGAUCAGCGUCCUGAACGCAGCACUGACAGCUGGACUCUACGACAGCGUGGCUCGGGUCUUGUACACGCCGUCGGUGGACGUGCUGGAGCGUCUUGUCUGCACCGUGGAGACGCCACAAGGCAAAGCUCAGGUCCAUCCUUCGUCUGUGAACCGUAACCUGCAGACCCACGGCUGGCUGCUCUACCAGGAGAAGGUCAAAUAUACAAAGAUCUACCUGCGAGACACCACCCUCAUAUCUCCUUUUCCUAUGCUGCUGUUCGGAGGUGACAUCGAUAUUCAGCACAGAGAGAGGCUCAUCACUCUGGAUGGAUGGAUGCACUUUCAGGCUCCUGUGAGGAUUGGUGUCAUCUUCAAACAUCUGAGGAAGCUGAUGGACACUCUGCUUCAGAAGAAGCUGGAGAAUCCAAGGAUGGAUCUGGAAGGUGAAAGUACCAUCCAGCUGAUCCUGGAUCUGAUUAGAUCAGAGUACGCAAUGUGAUAUAGUGGACCAACAGAAGGAACAUUUGCCAUUGAAAGAACCUGCAAAGAAAAUCAGGACUUUGUUAUACAACAUCAAAAGACAAUGUUCAGACUGUUCAGAUGUUUCUGGAAACUAUGGACUAUUAAGUGUAUUAAAUACAUUUAAAAAACCCGUCAAAUGUCCUAAAGUAUGGGCACUAGGCUGCAGCCCACACUGACGCUGUACAUCACAACAGUUGGAGAGAGACGUUGUGGGUUUGAUUGUUCAUGUGUCUCCAGCGACCUCUUGUGGUCACAUCUCUCUUUCAUACUGUACAGGAGAAAUAUACUGUUUUUAACAAGUCUGACGUUGCUGAUGUGCCUGCUAUCUACCCAAGUGUAUUGUCACGAGUGACCGGAAGAGCCACGUGAUCAGGAUGUAUCUAACACUAGUCAGAUUGUGUACCACAUUAAAAAACAUUUUAAAAGUAAAACAUUUUUAGCGUUUGUUUUUUUUUUAUCUGAAAUGGAAAAGAAAAAAACUUCACUCUGAAACACGGUCAGCUGCCUUAGACACUGUUCAUACUGAAACACUAGGUUAGUCUUGUGAGAUGUCAUUUUGCUUGUUUAUUUCAUCUAUUUUUCUUUUUUUUUUAAAGAUCUUUUACAAACAUGAACUACCAAAUCAGACCACUGCAAAAGUGUGACAGUCGUCCCCCAAAAAACAUUUCUUCUGUGAAAAGGUGUAAAGUCAGAGAGGAGCUGACAAUGAAAAGACUCCAGAACAAAAUGCCUCUGUUUUUAUCCCCAACCAUUAAAUUAAGAGGUAAGAAAGUCAAUUUAAUCAAAGUUGUUUAAAA